CUACCGUCUCCUUCUCGAGCUCAUUGAAUAGCAUAGUAUCUGUUCCCCAUCUUUGUCGCCCAGUUCCUCCCUUAGUCCACCAUGGCACCUCCAGCAUCUCUGCCUACCAAGCCUCUUGGCAAGACAGGACGACAGGUGCCCGCCCUUGGCUUCGGAAUGAUGGGGCUGAGUAUGGCCUACGGACCUACUGGUAAUGACGAAGAGCGCCUGGCGCUUCUGGACCGUGCCUGGGAGCUCGGCUAUACGAAUUGGGACACAGCCAACAGCUAUGCCGACAGCGAGAUUCUGAUCGGAAAGUGGUUCAAGCUGCAUCCCGAGCGUCGCGCCGACAUCUUCCUGGCCACCAAGUUUGGCAUCAAAUUCGCAGUCGACGACAAGGGCGAGUGGAACAUCUCGGCUGACAACAGCCCCGAGUUCUUCAACGAAUGCCUCGAGGGCAGUCUGCAGAAGAUGGGUGUUGAUUACAUUGAUCUCUUCUACGUCCACCGUCUCGACCCCAAGACGCCUGUCGAGAAGACGAUGGAGCUAUUGGCCAACGCAAAGAAGGAUGGCAAAAUAAAAGCCAUCGGCAUCUCUGAAUGCGCCUCCAGCACCAUACGACGAGCCUAUACAGUCGCGCCCGUCGAUGCCGUCCAAGUCGAGUACAACCCGUUCCAACUGGACAUCGAGAACGAGACAGGAACAAACCUGCUCUCCACCUGCCGCGAGCUUGGCAUCACCGUCUUCGCUUACGCUCCGCUGGGUCGCGGCUUUCUAACGGGUCAGAUCAAGAGUACUGACGACUUUGCGCCCGACGACUUCCGCCGCGUCGUGCCGCGCUUUAGCCCCGAGAACUUUGCUAAGAAUCUAGUGCUAGUCGACCGCUUUAAGGCCCUCGCAGAUAAGAAGGGCUGCACGCCGGGCCAGCUGGCGCUCGCGUGGUUGUCGGCACAAGGUGAGGACAUCAUACCAAUCCCCGGCACGAAGAAGGUCAAGUAUAUGGAGGAGAAUGUCGGGGCGCUCAAGGUGCAUCUCUCGAAGGAGGAGGUCCAGGAGAUCAGGGACGAAGUCGAGAAGGCUGAGGUCGCGGGUCACCGCAACCCUCCGGGUGCGUUCACAGAGUAUUCGGUGACUGUCGAGCUUUGAGGUGUCCUAACGAGCAAUAUCCAUCGAAGCUGGUCUGGUGGAUAGAGUAGCUUGAUACUUAAAGGAGCCUUAGAGUUUAGAAAAUAGUUGCACUUCCACGAAGUUUUCUAUAUACAUUACUCAUGUUAAGGUAGAAUACACUCUUUCGCUAAGCUUUAGCUAUUAUGG